GCCGGUGAACCGGUUGAUCAAUGCAUUCUUCGCCAGUUCUACUCUUGCUGUGCACGUGCUGCGGAAUCAUCCGAGGAUGACAAGAAUAAAACCGGUAACCACGAUCCGACCGGGUCUCCUGAUUCAGGUAGCCCACGGAAAAGAAAACGGGAGGAGAACCGGAUCAGGGAGUUGAAGCAGUUGAACUCGGAUGCCGCCAAACAGAAGAUACGUAAACGGACUAGAUGUGCCUAUUGCACAGCUGUACGCGCACUACGUCUGUAUCAGAAUGCUGUGAAUUACGAACGAGCCGGAUCGCGUUCCGCAGUCCAGGAUGAAUCAGAGGGACAAAGACUGGGCACGUUGGAGUCAACGUUCGAGGAGGAGGAUGAAGUUGGAACUGGACUGAUGCGAAACAAUCCAUUGGUUGUGGCCAUCUCAAUUGUCUGUCAUCAAGUUGUGCGGGUACUGUCUUCAGAUCAGGCCCCGAAAACUCCAUUUCCCAUUCAAGUUUGGCGUCAGCGGGCGAAGCGGUUUGAACAACUGUUUCGCCAAAUGGGCAAAGAAAUCAUGUUGACUAGUCGCACGCAGUCACUAACGAAGGAAUGGUGGAACAUUCACGACGAUACGGAACAGUUUGUCAUACGAUUACAAGCAACCUGUCCCACGGAUCUGGCCUUUAUUCAUGAACACGAGGUUGAUGCCCAACUUCAAUCCUAUCUGGUUGAGGCUACAGUAGUGUGGCCUCGACUCCAAUCCCGACUGGGACAUUUUAGUUUUCUUCGAAACGCACACCUGGCCGCAGUAACGGGGGCCAACGCGAAAGACCCGAAAUCCGGCGAUGGUUCGGACACACAAGGUUUCCGUCUCGAAUGCCCCACUUGUCUUCAACCGCAUUGUCCGACCAAUCCGACAUUUGUUCUCCUGCCCGGUUGUUGGCAUGCUCUCUGUGUCCAGUGCCACGAUCGCAUAGCCUCAUACGGCCAGCCUGCGCAACGUCGUUGCCCGAUUUGCCGCACACCGUUCAACUCGAAUGAGUGCACUGGGAUCAAUGCACAACGCCGACGUCCGCUCACUCUGAUUCACUAUACGGAUCGGAAACACGAGUCCGAAGAUGGGAACAGUGACAAAUCGACCACGAAGAUCAAGGCUGAUGAAGAGGCGAUAAUCCCGAUUGUAGGGGAUCACAGUUCCAAAGUUCAAGCUGUUAUUCGUUGUCUCAAACAAAUCAAGCAAGAGGAUCCUGACGCAAAGGCGAUUGUGUUCAGUUCGUGGCUUUCCGUGCUGAUCACAAUAGCGGGUGCCAUGGAACAGAACGGUAUCAGCUAUACAACUCUUUUCCAGGCCAGAGAUGCAUGUUGCCCCGGCCGGCUAGCCGGAUUUCAGUGCAUGGGUUCUGCUACUUGGGUCCUACUGAUGCCUAUUCAAUUGGGGGCGAAUGGACUCAAUCUGACUUCGGCAAAUCACGUUCUCCUAGUCGAUCCAGUUCUGUCACACGGACGUGAGGCCCAAGCCAUUGCCCGGAUUCACCGGAUUGGUCAAACCAGGCCUGGCGCGGUCCAUCGCUUCCUCGUCCAAGAUAGUAUCGAGGCCGCAUUGCACUCCGCCCAUACUCGCUCCCAACCGGACAACAUAACCAACGGUGAGUACGUGUCCGCAGUCGAGUGCAUGGUCGGAGCCGGUGUCCGUCGGACCAGUUCAUCUAACUGCGGUGUGGUCGGUCCAAGUGAGGACAAAGCACAACUGAUGUCGAUGACAAUCGGUCAGUUGGCCGAGCUGCUUCAUGUGGAAAGCAACUCGGCCAUGUUGGAAGUGGAGCAAGGACAGAAUCAUGAUGAUUUUUAA